UUGGAAUUACGUGUUCGCAGGGGCCGUCUGUUGGGGGCGUCCCUUGCUCGCGCCCAUCUCGCGAAAUGGGCGUCUGGGCCGUCUGGGCCGCGUGGGCGCUGACAUGCGCUGGUUCCGCGGAGGUCACCCAAGACGUGCUGGCGGCAAAGCAGUGGACCACUUGGGGCGGUCCCGGCGGCUCGAUGGCCAGCGCGGGCCCAAUGUCCGCGCGCCCGGUGGUGAAGCCUGGCGACACGGUCUUCCUCAGGGCCUACAACGGCAACUACUUGAGCGUGUACGACUUCAAAGUCACGGCGCGGGCAUCCCCGAAGGUGGGAUCCGCAGCCUUCGUGGUGGAGAAACGCUCAGUGGGUGACAUCUACCACGGGGACAGGAUCUUCCUGAAUUCCUACGGCCUGCGAUUGGAGGUGAACGACGACGAGGUCAGCGCGCUGAAGUCGGUCAUGGGCCCACGCCAGGAGUUGACCAUUGAGCGCUCAGGGCCCAGGUCCCAAGCCAUCGCGGCCGGAGACACGAUCUUCCUGCGCGCCCACACGGGGAACCACAUCGAUGUAGUCGGUGAGACCGUGAAGGCCCGCUUUCCCAGACAGGGGAUGGGGUACCAUGCCUUCGUGGUGGAGAAGCAGCCCAGAUAGCCGGAGCUGAAGCCACCGAAAGCCGGCGUGGUCCCGGACCGUGGAUUUGGUCCACGGUGAUGUUCCGGAUGAAGAAAACGCCCGUGUAUUAAUAUUGGGGAGGGGGGGGUGUUUCCUUGCAG